AUGCCUCUAUAUAUCAUCGAACAUCCAACAGCAUUACUUAAUAUGAAACAAAAAGAGCAAAUAUGCAAAGAAAUCACACGUAUUCAUUGUGAUAUAACCAGUGGUUUGCCUUCCUUUGUCAAUGUUGUGUUUCACACGACUGAUGAUAAUGUUGAAUUCGUCAAUAACAAACUUCGACAUAAAUCACGAAUUAUCGGUAACAUUCGAGCUGAUCGAUCUGCAGAAGCAAGGGAAGCCUUAAUCAAUCAGAUCAAUGAGGCAUGGUUGACAAUUGUAGGCGAACGUUGCCACUUUAUAGCUCUGAAUGAGGUGAAAUCGGAAAAUAUCGCUGAAGAUGGCAUCAUGCUUCCUGCGUCGGGAAAAGAACUUGAAUGGCUGGCAAAAAAUAUGAAGACAUUCGAGGAGCGCGCCGAAAAGGGUGAAGAAACUUCACAAGAUCUUUUGGCUGAUCUUAAAGCUAUGCAAUCCAAAACAUAA